AUGAGUUCCCAAAAUAGCUUCGUCAAUGCUUCCCUGAGCUCCAACAACGUCAGCGCGGGCACCACCUCCACCUCCGCGGUCCGAUCGCGCCCUCGCCGACUCGUCUCCUUUAUCGACGAAGAAGACGACGAUGCCGGCACCAAGAACAGCAACUAUUCCUACCAGGAUGCCCAGCCAUUUAUGUCGGGUCUUUCUACAACCCUCUCGGCCGAUGUUGGAACUACACGAUCUCGUGGUGCUACCCCCUCGCCGCUAUCGUCCCGUGGAACCUCGCCGCUGCCCAUGAAACACCCCUCCCGCGUCACGCAACCGAGUAGUCGCGGCCGCAGCGAAGCAUCCUCCCUCAGUUGGAAUGGGUCAUCAAAGGCUUCUUCUUCACGCGGGGCUGCAGACUUUCUAGACUCGUCAUGGUCCUCUCUUCAGAGCCUGGCGUCAUCGGUGCUUGGUAGCGACACUGGGCGGAACACAGCAAAUAAUGCGGCAAAGGGACAUGCGCGGAGGAAGCCGUCGCGAUCAGACGUAUAUAUUCGAAGUAUCCCACGGUCCACUCCGGCAACAUGGGGUCCAUCGGCGCCGGACAAUACAGAAAUCGGAACUGGAACCAAGGAGGAGCGUCAAGCCUUGGUUCAGGCGAAGAAACGAGAGGCGCUCCUUCUUGCAGACUCUGACCCUAUAAUGAGCGGCGCUUUUCGCCAUAAGCGACGCGACUCUGGGGAUUAUUACGAUCAGCCACUCGAUCCGGAGCAAGACGAGGAUGCCCUCGCAUACAUUCAUCCUGUCCAGGUAACGGACAGCAUCACGGGGGUGACGAUUAAAUAUGGAUGCCAACCCGCGAUUUUCCGAAAGGCGAACGGCUUCUGGCCCAAUGAUAAUAUCCAGAGCAGGAAGACGGUGCUCCUGCCAGUCGAUGCAUGCAGCGUGAAAGGCAGGCCAAUACCACCUGCAGAAGUAGAUCUUCUGACACUGGACUCUGAAGAUGCGAGUGGCAGCUCUAUCACACCGGCUCCACCCUCCACAAAUGGCUCGCUCUCGAGUCAGAAAAGUCUUGUGACUGCCGACACCGACAGCAAUCAGAUCUGGAAACAUGAGUCUUGGGUAAAUAUCGACGGAUUUCCCUCCCCAGUCCAGAUUGGCCGAGUCCCUCGCAGGGCAUUAGGCUUUUUCCCGCGCACACGUCGAAAAUCCGUGUCCUAUAGCGAUGCAGAGCCUCCUUAUGAUGACUCUUCUCGAGAUCCAACCAGGACUUCAUCACCAGCCAGCCGAAGUCCAUCCGUCCCCAGCAUCGCCGGCAGCGCAGCAGCCCUCCAUCUGACUGGUACUGGCGUGGGCACUCUUGAUCGAACUUCCACUGCACCCGGACCUGCCUUAGACGGCCUGAGCAAAUUCUUCUCACAGCACAUGCCCAAUCUGGUUCCCCCUCCUGUACCAGAGAAUCUUCGCAGGUCGUCCUUUGGAUCCGAGUCCACAGCGGCGUCCAACGCGUCAACAGGUCUAGAGAAUAUUGGUGGAGCCGUCGAAGGAUGGAUCCGCAAGGUCGCAACCCGCACGAAAGCCGGAAUCAGCGAGCUUCAACAAGGGUCCCCAAAUCAACAGGCCACCAGCCGUGGCCGUGGUCUGUGGGGAAUAGGCGAUUUGAUCGAGCUGGAUGAUACUUCUGAAGGUCGGCGGUCGCCCAGUGUCCUAAGAGGUUCCUCCCGACGGGAAACACAAGGCACAAGCUCUACUUCCUCUUCAUAUCGGGUUGCAGGAGCCUCUGCGUCCGCGACGAGCAGGUCUCGCGCGACAGGCCUUGGAUCUGGGUCGAACGCAUAUGGCGAACGAGCGAAGGAUGACUGA